AAACCCCCCAGUUGCUGUAACUGUUUUCUUGUUGCAUUUGGAAAGAAGACCCCAAGCAGUCAUGAAGCUCAUUUUCGGGAUUCUACUUGUUGGUCUGUGGACUCUGAAAGCAUCCGAAUCUGCUCGACCACGGAGGAGCGUGAAGGAGGCUGAUCUUGACAUCUACAGCUUCAAUGUGGACUGCAAAGUGACAUCUCGAUAUGCGCACACUGUGAUGGUCAGCCGAGUAGCCAACCGAGCCAAUGUGUCCAAAGAGGUCACCUUCGAUGUGGAGCUUCCUAAAAGUGCCUUCAUCAGCAAUUUCAGCAUGACAAUGGAAGGAAAGACGUAUGUGGGAGUGGUAAAGAAGAAAGAGGAAGCCAAGCAGCAGUAUGACCAAGCUGUGGCGCGAGGAGAAAGUGCUGGCCUUGUCAGGGUCUCUGGGAGGAAGAUGGAGGAGUUUAAAGUGUCUGUGGCCAUUGCUGCACACAGCAAAGUAACAUUUGAGCUCACCUAUGAGGAGCUGCUGAAACGCAAUUUAGGAAACUAUGACAUUGUCAUAAAAGUCAGUCCCCAACAACUGGUGAAAAACUUCAAGAUUGAUGUAGACGUCUCAGAGUCCCAGGGAAUCAGCUUUUUGGAUGUUCAGGGGAAGUUCCUAACCCAGGAGUUAAAGAAUGCCAUUCAGAAGACGGUUACUGAAGACAAGGCUCACAUUUCAUUUGCUCCAACUAUCGAUCAACAACGGAAAUGUCCAGAAUGUCAGGAGUCUAUUUUGGAUGGAGAAUUUAUAAUUAAAUAUGACGUGAAAAGAGAGACGUCAAUCGGCAAUAUUCAGAUUGUAAAUGGCUACUUUGUUCACUAUUUUGCACCAGUCCAUAUGCCGAGGAUCCCAAAGAAUGUGGUGUUUGUCAUUGAUCGCAGUGGUUCCAUGUAUGGCAAGAAGAUACAACAGACGCGAGAGGCGCUGCUAAAAAUCCUGCAAGAUGUUAACGAGGAGGACAGUUUUGGUCUCAUCACAUUUGAUCACUCAAUUACUCCGUGGAAAAAUAAGUUGGUUAAAGCUACUCCGACUAUGAUAGCAGAAGCCAAAGAAUUUGUAAACACCAUCAGGGACAGUGGAGCAACGGAUAUCAACGGUGCAGUUCUGGAAGGCGUAAAGAUACUGAGAAUUGCCAAGGAGGAGAGACAGGUGCCAGAAAGAAGCGUGUCCAUCAUCAUCUUGUUGACGGACGGAGAUCCCACCACUGGCGUCACCAACCUUGAACAAAUCCAAUCAAAUGUAAAGACAGCCAUCAAAGAACAAUUCACACUCUACUGUCUUGGUUUUGGCUUCGAUGUAAAUUAUAACUUCCUGGAAAAAAUGGCCUUGGAGAAUGGAGGAGUCGCCCGGAGAAUAUAUGAAGAUUCUGAUUCUGCUUUGCAGCUCCAGGACUUUUACGAAGAAGUGGCCAGCCCUUUGCUCAUGGAUGUGGAGUUGCAGUAUCUUAACAAUGAAGUCUCCAGUGUUACGCAAUCCAGAUUCAAAUUUUUUUACAAUGGAUCAGAAAUUGUAGUGGCUGGACAAAUCACUGAUAAUGAUCUGGACUUUCUGACAACCGACAUCAAAGCUGAGUCUGUGGAGAGCGCUUUGAUUUUAACCACCAAAUCCCCCAUUGCCAACAAGGAUAAAAUCAGCGAAAAGCAGCAGUACAUUUUUGGAGAUUACAUUGAACGUCUGUGGGCCUACCUGACCAUUCAGCAAAAACUCUCGAAGACAGUCACUGCCAGCGAGGAAGAUAAGAAAAAACUUCAGGAAGAAGCCCUAAAACUUUCCCUCUCAUACAACUUUGUGACUCCACUGACCUCAAUGGUGGUGACAAAGCCCGAAGAUGAAGGAAGGAAUCAAAGUAUGGUGGCUGACAAACCUCAGGAGGGAGAGGCCCAUGAAGACGAUAUUGAUGGUAACGCAUACCAGUAUUUUAGCAGAAGUUCAGCUCGGCAUCAUCCUAUGGCGCUCCCAGGUCUAAGUGGCCCACCAGGUCCUUAUUACGAUGCAGUUCAGACUUAUAGAGGGUAUAUACCUUCAAGAUCAAAAGUUCGCAGUUAUGGUGUAAAAUUAAAAAAAAAAAGAAUAUCAGGAAGCAGAGUACUGCGAAAGUCACGUAAUAGAUUCUGGAAAAACUCAGUGUCAAUACCAAGACCAACUUUCAGAACAGCGAAAUACUUACGACGACUGCCUGAAACUGCUCCAACUUUAACGAUAGCUACAGUGCACUUGUUGACAAUGCCACCUGCUCCAACUUUCAUAACAAGACAUGUGAAUAUUUAUCCACAAGAUCCCAAAUUCAUAAUUCCAGUACCAAGCAGGAUGCAUUCACUGUGUUUUGAUGUUUCUGUGUCUGCUGGCACCAUUUUGCAGUUGAUUCAUGAUCCAGACUCAGGUAUUACAAUUAAUGGCAAGACGGAUGAUGCAGGGAAAAUUAUGUUCCAGGCAUUUUCCAUUAAGUACAAGGAUCAGUACAAAGUCACUGUGGGGUUAGAAAACAUUACUUUACACACUGUAGAAGAUUCAUCUGAUCAGAACUGGUCAUGGAAGAGCGUACAGCAUUCAGCAGAUAAAAUUUCUUUGUCAUUGGUGAAAAAAAAUGUGAUGAAGAUUAUUUUCGACAAUAAAGUCAUUAAAAUUAUGUUACUCAAAUCUCCUGGACCGUUUCUGUGGCUCAACGUUCAGCUUGGCAACUUCUCAAGCAGCUCAUCAGGACUGUUGGGUCAGUUUGCCAAAGGAGUAUCAUAUGAAGAGAAAAUGGUCUCACUAAACAACCCCUCACGCAUUGAACUUCAAGGACAUGAUCUGGACGUGAUCAGUAAACUGGAAACUGAUUAUGGCAACUCCUCAAAAAUAAAGGUCAGAUGCUUUGUGGUCGAUUCUAAUGGUGAUGGUUUAAUUGAUGGCCCACUCUCCAGAUACAUAAUGACAGACCUGUUUGAAGGAUCCUGAGCACUCUCUUUAGCUGAGGAACGAUAAAUAAAAUCUCUUCUUCUGUUCAUUUUUGCUCAACACCUACUGAUAUAAGAAGUAUGCUUCUUAAAUAUAGAGAAUGUUUUGUUUGAUAUACAAUAAAAUGGCUGCCACAUUGCAUUCAGUGACAUAUCCGUUAAAUGAGAAAUUAAAAGUGCUAUGUAAUGUACUCAGUGGGGUUAAAUUAAAAUGUGCAUGUAUUUGUCCCUAAACGUUGCAUAAAAUCGAUAAAAAGAUGCAACCAAGUAGUAUUUUCGACUUUAAAUAACUGCAUAAUAAGCGGAAUACGUUAAUCAUGUGCAUGUGGAUGUUAUGAAUGUUUUCAAAACUUCUGACAGCAAACUGGUUCUCUUGCUAAAAUCAUUUUGUACGCAAGUGUCUGACAUUUAAGAAACACUUGUGCAAUGUGCUUGGAGGGUCACAUUGGUCAUUUUUGUUCACUGUUCAUUAAUAAAAAAAAAUCACUGUGAUAAA